AAGUAGACAGACUGUUGAAUGCACAGGAAGGAGGGAGUGCAUUAUAGGAUUCUGCCUUUCAGAGGAAUUAAUUGUAUCACAUCAGCAAAGCCAUGGGCUUUAGGUCAGAUGUUAGACUAAUUACCUAAGGCUUAAUAAUACAGUAGUUAAUGUUAUUGAUAAAACUGGAUUUUACGUUCAUUCAUGCAGCAUAUCUUGUGUGCCAGACCUGGUGUUAGGUAGAACAGACCACUCUGUGGCAUGGCCUGUGGCCUUUGGAAGGAGCUCAGCAGCUCUGGGGAAAACAAGACCCUUUCAUCAAGGAAGCCUCAUUAAGUAAAGCCGAAUGAAGAAAGGCUGCUCUGGUGGAAGGUGGCAUCUGCAGAGGGACAGAGUCUCGUGCUUUGCUUUCCCCCUAGUGUCCACCUCCCCACCGCUCUCUUGUUGCUGUGUCUGAGGCUCUCUGCCAUCUCCAGAAUUCUGAAGAACACCGUUUGGAGACUGCACGUUGAAUCUUCUAAGGAGUCCAAGUAGGUGGGAAUAAUCUUGAGUAACUGCUAACAGGACUUGGAUUUAAACUGACAAGUUAAAAAUAAAAGGCUCAUAUCUCCCAAAUUUUUAUCCAGCCUGUUGGCCAGCCCAUUCCAGGGCUUAGGAGAAAGUCAACACACUUCCCAACCUGAGUCGGUCAGUUUCUUCCAGAAGGAAAGGAAGACCUAUGACAUCCCUGGAGAGUUUGUACCUAUGACAUCCCUGGAGAGUUUGUACCUAUGACAUCCCUGGAGAGUGACUUGCUGCUUCCUUCCUUCAGACCCUGCAGGCAGUGAAGGGCUGUCUGUCAGUUCCUGUUUGCACUGGACACCUGCCGUCCACCUCUUAUGCACUCCAGCACCCCCAUCAGCUCCCUCUUCUCCUUCACCAGCCCGGCAGUGAAGAGACUGCUAGGCUGGAAGCAAGGAGAUGAAGAAGAAAAGUGGGCAGAAAAGGCGGUGGACUCUUUAGUGAAGAAAUUAAAGAAGAAGAAAGGAGCCAUGGAUGAGCUGGAGAGGGCCCUCAGCUGUCCUGGGCAGCCCAGCAAAUGUGUUACGAUUCCCCGGUCCCUGGACGGGCGGCUGCAGGUGUCCCACCGCAAGGGUUUGCCCCAUGUUAUUUAUUGCCGAGUGUGGCGCUGGCCCGACCUCCAGUCUCACCACGAGUUGAAGCCGCUGGAGUGCUGUGAGUUCCCAUUUGGCUCCAAGCAGAAAGAGGUGUGCAUCAACCCCUAUCACUACCGCCGGGUGGAGACUCCAGUGCUGCCUCCUGUACUCGUGCCAAGACACAGCGAAUAUAACCCCCAGCUCAGCCUUCUGGCCAAGUUCCGCAGUGCUUCCCUCCACAGUGAGCCACUCAUGCCGCACAACGCCACCUAUCCCGACUCUUUCCAGCAGCCUCCGUGCUCUGCAUUCCCUCCCUCGCCCGGGCACGUGUUCUCUCAGUCCCCGUGCACGGCCAGCUACCCUCACUCCCCAGGAACCCCUUCCGAGCCAGAGAGCCCCUAUCAACACUCAGUUGACACACCACCCCUGCCUUAUCAUGCCACAGAAGCCCCAGGGACCCAGAAUGGCCGACCUGUAGAUGCCACAGCUGAUAGUCAUUUAGUGCUGUCAAUGCCUAAUGGAGACUUUCGGCCAGUUUGCUAUGAGGAGCCGCAGCACUGGUGCUCAGUCGCCUACUAUGAACUGAACAACCGAGUUGGGGAGACGUUCCAGGCUUCCUCCCGAAGUGUGCUUAUAGAUGGAUUCACAGACCCUUCCAAUAACAGGAACAGAUUCUGUCUUGGACUGCUUUCUAAUGUCAACAGAAACUCAACAAUAGAAAAUACCAGGAGACACAUAGGAAAGGGUGUGCAUUUAUACUACGUUGGGGGAGAGGUCUACGCCGAGUGUGUGAGUGACAGCAGCAUCUUUGUACAGAGCCGGAAUUGCAACUAUCAGCAUGGCUUCCACCCAGCCACUGUCUGCAAGAUCCCCAGUGGCUGCAGCCUCAAGAUCUUCAACAACCAGCUCUUUGCUCAGCUGCUGGCUCAGUCAGUCCACCAUGGAUUUGAAGUCGUCUAUGAGCUAACUAAGAUGUGUACUAUCCGGAUGAGUUUUGUUAAGGGUUGGGGAGCUGAGUAUCAUCGCCAGGAUGUCACGAGCACCCCCUGCUGGAUUGAGAUUCAUCUUCACGGACCACUGCAGUGGUUGGACAAAGUUCUGACUCAAAUGGGCUCUCCACAUAACCCAAUUUCUUCAGUGUCUUAACAGUCAUGUCUUAAGCUACAUUUCUAUAGAAUAGAUGCUAUUGCAGGCAGUGGCUUAUAUCAUUUCAGAUUUGCAACUAACUGAAGUUUCUAAGUACAUGUGUAAAUACAUAUAAUAUAUACUAUUCAUAUUUUUUAUCACCAUUUGUUUUGUGCUUUCUAGUUAACCUGAUGCCAGUACAAUGUGAUUACAAAAGCAGGUUUUUCAUGCCUAUGCUAUAAAAAGCAGCUUCUUUUGUGGGAGGGAACAAAUAAAAGGCAACUGUAUCAAUAGUAUUUGAAGGGUGUUGGCAGAAUAAAAGGCAGCUUUAGUCAGCCAUGUCAUUGUACAGCAUGUUGUGUGGCUUACGAGAAAAAUGUUAAAACUGUUCGUAUAGCAAACGUCAGGUACUAGCAGCACUAGAGCAAAUAAUACUUUCAGACAAAACAAAGCAAUCAAACCCAUAUAAUUUAAAUGAUCUCACUUUUAGUGCUAUUGGCAAGAAAAAAAAUCAAGCUUAUACAAUUAAUUACGUAAGAUCAGACACACAAACUUUAUUUCUGAAGUUGAAAUACCUAUAGCUGGACUAUUGUGCUGAUAUUAAGGGUACAUUUUAAACAGAUUUAAACUGUGAUUGGAAAAGAAAGAAACUGUGAAGCUGACAGUCAUGUUGCCUCAUAAUCUACCACUGUAAA